AUGGAGUGCUUGAGAGAGAAGUUUUACGACGGUGUCGUCCUUGAUGGACGUUUUGAAACGAUAUCCCCCCUCAACCAUGGCUCAUUCGGAAUGGUUUUCAUGGCCAAGGACCUAAUUACCAACGAAAUCGUUGCUAUCAAGUGCUUGACCAAGAAAUCCGCCACUUUGCCGGAUGCAGACUCAGCAUUUGCCAUCGAUGAGCACUCCGAGGAGCUAUCGUGCCAUGCUCGACUUGGCUCCCACCCAAACAUUGUCAACCUCAUCCACUCUUUCGAGACCGACGCCCAUGUGUAUAUUGUUUUAGAGUUUUGCUCCAGAGGUGAUCUUUACGAAGCUAUUCGAACUGGCACUGGCCCACUCGAAACAGAACAUGUCCGAUCAUUUAUGUUACAACUUAUCGAUGCUGUUGCAUACAUCCACAGGAAGGGUAUGUAUCAUCGUGACAUCAAGCCUGAAAACAUAUUUCUCACUCAAUCCGGAGAGAUGAAGCUUGGUGACUUCGGCCUUGCUACUUCGGAGAAGUGGUCAUACGAAACUACCGUCGGAAGUGACCGCUAUAUGUCUCCAGAACAAUACGACUCUGCUGGCGCGGGAUACUCCCCAGAGCAAGCCGAUGUCUGGGCUAUUGGCAUCUGUCUUUUGAACAUCUUGUUCUCUCGCAAUCCGUUUUCAACACCUACAGAGUCCGAUCCCCUUUUCCUUGACUUCACUCGAGACAAGCAAUCACUCUUCGAUGUCUUCCCAACAAUGUCGCAAGAUACCUACGAAGUCAUUACUCAAUGCAUGAGUCUCGACCCCCGAAAGCGGUCACUUGCUGGUGCUCGUGAGGCUAUCGAACGUGUCCUGAGCUUUACAACAUUCGAUGAGUUUGCCGAUGACUUCAGCUCUGCUGAUCGUCGUGGCAUUCCCAGCUCAGACCGUGAGCCAUUGCGUACACCUUCCAUCCAAAGUCCUCAACUCGACGCGGGCGCCUCCUUCCCCUGGGCUAAGGCAUUGCAUGCUGGUCCACCUCAACAUUUUCGCCAACUUUCUGCCAUUCUCGACGAGGAUUAUGACUCAGAGGACCUUUUCCCUGGCUCCGAAGCCAGUAACAAAGAUUGGUUCUCUAUUGGAGAGCAAACCCCUUCAAUGGAAUCUAUCCUUGAUUCUUCCCUUGGAACUUCGAUGCAAUCUCUAGCCAUCCGCCGUCAUAUGAAGUAUGGUCCUCCAAAGGCCAGUCUUACUCCCAUCUCUGGAUCCCUACCAAUUGCCAUGGCAAAGCCAAUACCAUUGCCAUCUAUGGCAUCAGUCUUCGGCAAGAAAGACAUGGUAUCCAAGAGUUGGGGUGACCUUUGGGACGAAGAAAUGGAAGAGGAGGAAGAACUCGACAGCCAACUCAGAGCACGCCAAAUGGCCAACUCCCGAACUUGGAGCCAUGAGAGCAAGACCGAUGACCAUAAGACUCGUAGAUCUCCAUUGGAACCUCACAGCUCUUCGUUCAUUAACAUUCCAAGAGUAGCAGCUGGUUGUACAGCAGCCAACGAUAUUGAUGAUGAUUUGAUGGCCGAUGGUUUCUUCUUCCAUGACGCACCUGAUCAUCAAGACUCAUCAACUCGUUAUUCACCACCCUCAAAGAGAACCGCCUUUGACAAGUGGUCUGCGCUUGGAGAUCGUAGAAGAGCAUAUCCAGGAGCGUCAGAUUCUGAAAGAUCUAUUGAUACGUGGAAGACUCAAAAUACUCCACGUCGAAACGUUGGAUUAGGCUUCACUGGUUUUGGAGCCGGUGCCUGGGAUACUAAAUCUAAUAUUGUUAUUAAAGAUAAGGGCAGAGACUGUCCAUGGGCGCGGACUAAGGCCCGAGAUCACCAUCACCAGGAGAAGAGGAAGGACAAGCUGUCGGAUCUCGGUGAUUUGGAGUGGGUUGGAGGUUGGCAUGACCUCCACUUGUAG